GUAUGAUCCGUGAAGAGGCUCUCCGAAACAUGGACAGGAAGAAACAACAGGUGGCUGCACGCGAGAAGGACCUACCUGCACCAGGGCAAUUCAAGCCAGGAGACAGGGUGCGAAUAUUCAGCGACGAUAUGCCUAAGGGUCUCAACAAAAAGCUCAUAUCACCAUGGCGAAUGGUAAGCAUCAUUGAAGAGAAAACGGGCCCAGUGACCUACAAAGUCCGACCCUGCGGCACACAGAAGACCAAGAACAUCAAUGUUGAUCGACUGAAAGCAGCGCCACCACCGAUGGCUGAAUACAUACCGGAGAGCCACUUGAGGAGAGACAGGAGACAAACCGUCCUCAACCAAGAUGCAUUUCUGACUCCAGAUCUGGAGGGUCAGCUCGCUGAAUUCGCAGUCGGGCCAGACAAUGUGCCAUCGGCAAAGAGAGACACUCACGCGGACGACAUCCCUGCAGAACAGACAAAGGAAAGACUUUCCUUCAAUCCAGUUGAGCCUGACCCCAGCCUCAUGGACACCGAGCCUGACCCUCGCUUUAACAAAGCCGUUUACCAGGAAGUGAAAGCCAAGAGACGUCACCAGGGCAGGGUGCAAUACAAACUGAAAUGGCGCUGGUGGCCGCUCAGUUACGCGACGUGGGAGUACGAAGAGGACCUCAAUUGCCCUGAGAGGGUCCAAGAGUUUGAAAACCGAGAGCAAGAUACCGACCUUGAUCCUCGAGACGUGCUGUUCCCGUCAGUUGACGAAGCAGUAAGGCUGAGACAUUGCCUGGAGCUCGAUCGCGAGCAUGUGGUCAGAAUCGAUCGCCUCGAUACGAACGGCAUCAAAUUCACAUAUCUCAGCGAACCUACGAGACCGAAGAAGUCAAAGAAAGAGGUUCUCAUUGGGAAGUCGACCUUGUGCUCUUUGCGUGAGUUCUUGAAGAACUACCAGUGGGAAAAAGAAAGGGAUGAGCGCGAUAUGGGCCCCGCCACACGCGACGGAGAGAACAACAGUCAACCAGGGCUGAACGUACUAUAGAAACGGGAGAGUGGCAUCUCCUCUCUCGUCACUGAAUGCACACAGAAACAGCAAGCGACACCGUGUGCGACUUUUUAAAGGGAUGUCUUCUUUGGUCAAGAUGUUCGUGUUUUCGUGUACAAGGGCGAGGGGUGCGUGUACAUGUGUGUGAGUGAGUGUGAAUGAAUGUGAGCGUGCGUACGUGUUACAUGAUGAUUUUGAAGCCUCCGAGUCGGGCGAAGCCCCAGCAGCAGGAACGGGAAGGGUCUUCCUGACUGAACCUGCAUGAGGCAGCAGUGCACACAGUGUGUAUUUGUGUGUGUGUGCGUGCCUGCUUUCGCCAGAGAAUGAGGACUCCCAUGCCUCAGAAAGGGUGCUGCACUGCAGCCGGUUCUCAUCUCCAACUGCCAGAACACAGAGGGACGGUCAUUGAUGGGUUGGGCCGUG